CCCAUUCGAACUACAUUAAAUAGCCUUGCAAGAAGUCAGUAGAAGACGUAUCCUCACGAAAGCAAAUAUGGCAGGUCCUAGACACGCACUUGGGCCAAUCCUUGAAGGGAUGGGGAAGAGCUUCGGGAAAUUAAUCGAGGGAGCAACAAAGGGUGCCGGUGAGUUACUUGAGGGCACCGGAAAGGGUCUCGGAGAGGCGAUGGAGGGCAUCGGAAACGGAAUAGCAGACACGGUCGGCAAGUUCGUUAGCGAUAAGGCCCCUCAAAUAGCCGGUCAUGUUGCCCAUUUUGCACAAGAGCGGCCAGCUACGAUCGGAUCUAUCGGCGCUAGCAUAGUGCUUGUUGUUUUUCCAAGCAUCGUGACACUGCCUUUCCUUGUGGCAGGAGGCAUUCUGGGUUCAGUUGGGGCUGGGACGAUUGCGGCUGGAGUGCAGGCUGGGAUUGGGGAUGUCGCUGCUGGGAGUGCCUUCGCGAUCCUGCAAUCCGCAGGUGCAGGCGGCACCGGACUCAUGGUCGUAAAUGGCAUUGUGCAAGGGGUUGCAGUCGGUGGAGCGGUGAUCAUAGCUGCUGUUGAAGGUUUGAUCAAGCUUGGGGCAGGACGAUGA